GCGCCACGCGCUGUCCGGAGUUCAGUCAGUGAGAGGAAGCGCUCGAUGUGCUCGCGGCUGCGCGGACGUGCGGGACGUACUGAACGGCGAGCGCUCGCGUGUGCGUAAUUCAAGGGAGCGGGAGAAGCCCCCGUUUGUGACAGGCGCGGUGCUGACCUCGUCCUCCACGUCCUCCUCGUCCUCCUCGUCCUCCGUCUCUGUGUCUCUGUGUGGACUUUUGACGGGGACGUUGGACAGGGACAAACAAAUGCCACUCGGCGGUGUUUGGCACUGGUUGGCCUUUUUUAAACAUCCACUUUGGACCUAACGCACAACGCAUGUUGGAUUCUUCUCCUCCUCCUCCUCCUUCUUCUUCUUCUUCUUCUCCUCCUCCUCCUCCUCCUUCGUUCCCCCUCAGCACCUCUCUCACCUCACAGAGUGUUUUUCCAAACAGUUCUCCUUCCUGGAGAGCGGUGACUCACUGCAGGCAGCAGGCGAGAGCCGUCGCAUCCUAAUCAGACAGCGGAGAGGACUUCAGCUCAUUGACAUUACAGUCAUACUUUUCUGGAGCAUUUCUCCCCCCAUCCCAUCCCAUCCUCCCCCCUCCCCUCCCCUCCCCUCCCCGCGCCGCGCCGCACUGUAGCCUGCGUGUGCGUCCGGAGCUUGUGGAUUUCCUUUUCUUUUUCCUCCUCCUGCACACACAGGAGGGACAGGGAGGGAGGACGGAAGGACGUCGAAGCGGCCGAGGGGAUGAAACUCCCUGAACCUCACUGGAAGUGACCGUUUCGAUUCGAUUCCCAUUCAUAUGCUUUUGGACUAUUACGCCGGGUCGCUUCGGGUGGUAUGAUUGAACACUUACAAUGACUAUUCUGUUUGGAGACUGGAUCGCGAUCACUGCUCAGAUGCGUCUGGGCGCUCAGCUGAAUAUAAAUUAGGUGUUCAGCACCACAGAUUGCUCUAGGAGGCAGAGGAAGAGAGAGAGACAGAGCAAAGACAAUCCACAAAGACAAAUGCCAAGGUCUCACGUGAUGAACAGAACUCUUUUCUUGGUCCCGGAUCACGGAAAUACUAAAUUUGAACAAAAUAUCAACAGGUCAAAGGGAGCUUAAACACAGCGCACCUUACGCUAUCGGAGCCUUCACAGAGUAGGGAUGUAUCUAUCCAUUUUCUUUUUCCUCCUCUUAUGGGCUCAAGCCCUGACAUUGAAAAACUUGAAUUACUCUGUGCCGGAGGAAAAGGGUCCGGGGACAGUGAUUGGGAACAUUGCCAAAGAUGCCAGACUCGGACUUGAACAGACUGGACAGGCGGGACAGGGUAAGAAAGCCAACUUCAGGGUGCUGGAGAACUCAGCCCCGCAUCUCAUCGACGUGGACCCCCAAAGCGGACUGCUGUACACAAAGCUGCGCAUCGACAGAGAAACAUUGUGUAAGAGAAACCCCAAGUGCCAGCUUUCCAUGGAGGUGUUUGCCAAUGACAAAGAGAUCUGCAUGAUCAAAAUAGAUAUUCAGGAUAUUAAUGACAACUCACCCGCUUUCCCCUCCGAUCAGAUUGAUAUUGACAUUUCAGAAAAUGCUUUGCCAGGGACACGCUUUCCCCUGACCAGCGCACAUGACCCAGAUGCAGGAGAAAACGGGCUGAAAACCUAUCAAAUAACCCGCGAUGACUACAAUCUCUUUUCCCUGGAGGUAAAAUCCCGUGGGGAUGGGACAAAAUUUCCAGAAUUAGUUAUCCAGCGACCAUUGGACAGAGAAGUACGAAGCCAUCACACCCUAAUUUUGUCAGCCACCGACGGGGGCGAAUAUCCUAGGUCAGGUACCAUGCAGAUAAAUGUUAAAGUCAUUGAUUCAAAUGAUAACAGCCCUGUGUUUGAUCAGCCCUCAUAUGUUGUGGAAAUUCCUGAAAAUUCACCUCUUGGUAAAGUCCUUAUCGAUUUAAAUGCCACUGAUCCUGAUGAGGGCAACAAUGGACAAGUAGUCUAUUCUUUUAGUGGCUAUGCCCCGGAGAGAAUCCGGGAGCUCUUCUCCAUAGAUUCCAGAACAGGGGUCAUAAAGAUUCAGGGUGAAAUUGACUUCGAAGAGAUCCCAGUUAUAGAGAUUGACGUCCAGGCAAAGGAUCUAGGUCCCAAUCCAAUCCCAGGCCAUUGUAAAGUCACUGUUAAAGUGCUUGACAGGAACGAUAACUGGCCAUCUAUAGGCUUUGUGUCUGUGAGACAGGGAGCCAUCAGCGAGGCAGCACCUCCAGGCACUGUCAUUGCACUGGUCCGUGUCACAGACAAAGACUCGGGCAGGAAUGGCCAGCUUCAGUGCAGAGUGCUCGGUAAUGUCCCGUUUAAACUUGAGGAGAACUAUGAUAACUUCUACACAGUGGUGACAGACCGGCCCUUGGACAGAGAGAUGCAGGAUGAGUACAAUGUCAGCAUUGUUGCCAAAGACAAUGGCCUUCCUCCUCUAAACUCUACAAAAUCAUUCACUGUAAAGAUUCUGGAUGAGAAUGACAACGUCCCUCGCUUUACCAAGCCGGUUUACCUUCUUCAGAUACCUGAGAACAACAUCCCUGGAGAGUACCUAGGUUCAGUUCUGGCACAUGACCCAGACCUUGGCCAGAAUGGCACAGUGUACUACAGCAUCAUGAACUCCAAUGUGAGCGGUGGUGAUGUCAACACCUAUGUUAAUGUGAAUGCUGCCAAUGGAGCCAUCUACGCUGUGAGAUCUUUUAACUAUGAGCAGAUUAAGUAUUUUGACUUCAAGGUUCUUGCUCGAGAUGCAGGAUCUCCACACCUGGAGAGCAACGCCACAGUGCGCAUCAGUGUGCUGGAUGUCAAUGACAACAUCCCUGUCAUAGUUCUGCCUCUCCUCCAAAACGACACAGCUGAAAUCCAUGUGCCGCGCAAUGUCGGUGUCGGCUACAUCGUCACCACAGUGAGGGCAGUGGAUAAUGACUAUGGUGAGAGUGGGAGGCUCACUUAUGAGAUCUCAGAUGGCAAUGAGGAGCGCCUCUUUGAGAUCGAUUCAGUGACUGGGGAGGUGCGAACAGCCCAUCCAUUUUGGGAUGACGUGAGCCCCAUUGUGGAGCUGAUCAUCCGAGUGUCGGACCAUGGCAAGCCAACUCUCACUGCUGCCGCCAGACUCAUCGUCAAGGCGUCCAACGGACGUCCUCCUGACGGACUCCCACGCACAAAGGACAAUCAGAAUUGGGACAUGUCCCUGCCUCUCAUUGUCACUCUAAGUAUUGUAUCCAUAAUGCUUCUGGCUGCCAUGGUGACCAUAGCAAUCAAGUGCAAGCGGGAAAACAAGGAGAUCCGUACCUAUAAUUGUCGCAUUGCAGAGUACUCGCACCCUCAGCUGGGGAAAGGCAAGAAGAAGAAGAUUAACAAGAACGACAUCAUGCUGGUGCAGAGCGAGGUGGAGGAGCGGGAUGCCAUGAAUGUGAUGAAUGUGGUAAGCAGCCCUUCCUUGGCCACCUCUCCCAUGUACUUUGACUACCAGACACGCCUGCCACUCAGCUCACCACGGUCAGAGGUCAUGUACCUCAAGCCCACUGCCAAUAACCUCAGCGUGCCCCAAGGCCACGUGGGAUGCCACACCAGCUUCACAGGCCCAGUCACCAGCACUACAGACACACCUACUAACCGCAUGUCCAUCAUACAGACGGACAAUUUCCCCACUGAGCCUAAUUAUAUGGGUAGCAGACAACAGUUUGUUCAAAGCAGUUCAACAUUCAAAGACCCAGAGCGAGCGAGCCUGAGAGACAGCGGCCAUGGCGACAGCGACCAGGCCGACAGCGACCAGGACACCAACAAAGGCUCCUGCUGCGACAUGUCCGCCAAAGACGCCCUCAAGUUGAAGGCAACGGGCGUGAAACCGCCACCUUUGGAGCAAGAUGAGGAUUGUGUGAAUUGCACGGAGGAGUGCCGAGUACUGGGUCAUUCUGACCGCUGCUGGAUGCCCCAGUUCCCUGCUGGAGGAAACCAGGCAGAGGGCAUUGACUACCGCAACAAUAUGUUUGUGCCAGCGGGGAUGGAGACUGUUCCCGAGACAGAGACCUACGAGACUGUCAACCCCAAUGGCAAGAAGACAUUCUGUACAUUUGGAAAAGAGAGGCGUGACCACACUAUUCUGGUCGCCAAUGUCAAGCCCUACUUGAAGGCGAAACGGGCUCUCAGUCCGCUGCUCCAAGAGGUACCCUCAGUCUCCAACAGUCCUACCAAGGGCUGCUCUACCGCAUCUCCGUGCUCCUCAAUCAAAAGCCCAGCCGAUGGGGCUGAAGGCAAACCUCCUCUGGCCUCGUGCUCUGGCCACUACGGGCCUCCUGACGGUCAGUACCUGUCACCAACCAAACAGACCAGAGACCAGGGGGUCUACCCACCCUUGCCUCCUGCGGACCCAGUGGCCAAGGUGCUUGCCGAGGCCCGCUCCAGGAUCAGCCAAGAGGCAGCAGGUGAAAAGGAGUGUCCCCUGGAGCAGGUGGGGCCUGACGGAAGCCGCGACGGAAUGGAUGCUGACCAGGUGGUGAGAGACAUCGACAAACUGUUGCAGGACUGCAGAGGAAGUGAGGCCACGGGCACACUCAGGAAGUGACACAGAGGGGGGGAAAAAAGGUAGAGAGAGGAAUAGGAGGCUGUUCCAAAAACUCUCAAACAAUAACUGUCACCAAAACAAAUCAAAAGGUUGAAUGGCUCUUAUGAUAGGAGCUCUCUCCACGGUAUUUGUCGUUGAAAAUUACCAACACUGGACGGACGAUUGGAACAUUUAUUAUGUCAGUCAUUUUGCACCGGUUUUGGUGCGAAGAUCCCUACCAACGAAAAAAGAACUGGGUUAUAAACAUCUGAAUUCUGCUGAAUUUAUAAGCUCUUUUUCUUUGUUUUUGUUUUGGAUUCUUAAGCAAACUGCAGAGGCUUAUGCCUCUGGCACCUCGCAAGCUGUUAUCUAAGUGCCCACCAGCUCAUAAGUGUGUUGUUCAUGGUCUCUCGUGAAAUCCUACAUAUCUAAGUGCGUAUAGAUGGAUUUCUGUUAUGUGUGUUGGCCAUCGAGACAGACUGGGGAAAAAAAAACUGUUCAUGGUCACUCAUGACAAUCGACGCAGAAACAGAGAAACAAAUUCUCAUCUAUUUGGGACAUUGAAAGACCAAAAUACACAAGCAACCUUAUCUUUUCUGACUUUAAUAUAGAUGUUUAAUGUGUGAUGGAUCCUGUAUCUGAACAUGAAGAGAUUGGUUAAUCAGGGGUAUGUUCACAAGGGUUGGUUUAUGGACUUCGGGGGGGUUGGACGGGCAUAAGUGCUCUGCUGAAGGAGAAUUAUAAAUCAGUGUAACCAUGUUUCACCUGUCAUUUGUUGCCACAUGUGUAAGUUGUGUCUCUGUCACGCCUCUAUUUAAACGUCCAUGUUGCUGACCAGUGUACCUGCACACACCAAUUUUAUACGUGUGCGCUAUACACUUUUACGCAUACACACGCUGAUACACGCUCACAUGCACUGAUACCCCCACACACACACUUUAAAGAACACAUGUACACAUCAAUGCUUACACACACCUGGCCAUCUGUGUAAUUGUCUUACACAUGUACAUCAUCAGCUUUCAGUCCCUUGUGUACAGUGAAUUAUCAUGUGUGUGACUAUGCCUCAAGGCAAUCACGAGUUGUGUAAAAAGGGACAUUUUUCCUCAACUGUGAAAAAAUGCUAUCUAUAUGAUCAUAUAGAUGACUAUAUGUACGAAUCCAUGUAUAGUGUCCAAAUAUUAACAAAAUAUUUAUACAUUUUAUAAGAAAAAAAGAAAUGAGGAAUCUCAGCAGAACGUGUCCUCGAGUUAAGGCGAAGAGCGGCGUGCUAACUCUCUGAACUGCAAAGGACACUGCCAUUGUUUUGACGACGAAUAUCCAAAAAUAUAAAUGAACAAGAAAAUGUCCCUUCACUUCAUCACUAUACAUACGAUCAUUAUAUGUGUAAAUGUAUCCAAUUUAGAUGUGUUUACAUCAAAAAAUUGACAUAUUUUUAUUGAUUUUACUGCAAUUUCUGUGCAUUUGAGCCAAAUUGUUAUGUGUACAAAAGCUAUAUUGUGUAUUUUAUUAAAUUAAUAUAUAGUUGUGUUGCAAUAUACAUGGGCUUAUAUUGUAUUUGGCAAAAGUUGCCUUAGUAGCUGUCGAACUCUGUGAGUUUGCUUUAGUUUGGGUUUUUGUUGGUCUUUUUCUCCCCCCACCUCUCUAUUCUGCAUCUUUGCAGGCUGGCUUCAGUGCUUUCGAGAUGUCGCCUCUUUUUACCCCGAGAUCCAGCUGGAUCAGAUACAAUAACUGUUGAAAGCUUAAUGAGCCAGCUGAUCCAGAAUACAACUCAAAACCAACGACAAAAAGCAACAAACACACGAUAGCAGUCUGAAUAUUUUUACUGAGCAGAAUUUUACAGGGCAGCUAUUUUCUUUAACAAUAACUAGUAUGUGUGUGUUUUGUGUUGAAAUUCUGAUUUCACUUUCUUUUCCAAAAAAAAGAAACCCUGCCAUAUGGAAAGCGGAAUGGUUUCCUUGGUGAUCAUAAAACUGCCUUACUGUCUCUGCGGAGAGCUUGUUGUAUCUGUGGAGCUUGUGACUGCUUAUAAAGCCCUGGUCCACCAGAAUGUGCAUUUUCUAUAAAGGACCAAAACCAGGUUCUUCUUCAGCCGUCCGUGUCGUUUGUGUCUGUACUCCUUCUGGGUAUGUGUUCCAAUUCUCAUCAUUUGCAGAGAAACUCCACAUCUGAAAUUCUAUCGGAAGUUCCUUUGGACGUGACGUGUUAGCUGUUUAGUUGGACGGUUUGUAAAACCCAGUGUCUUCACAUUCAGGCUUUCUUAAAAGGAAAUGACAAAUGACAAAUGACAUUUAUUUUUGAAAAAGUUUUGGCACAUUUUUCGGCCACCCUCUGAGAUAUCUAACGGGAGGUGCUUUUUUCUAAUAUCCUCUGACGGUGAAAUGCGCUGUUGGCUGUUAGGUUAGAUGUGUUUUGGAAAAUGUGACCGCAAUCACCAAAUCUACGGACAGUGAGACGCGGCCAUGAGAGGGAACAGUGACUCUACUUACUGUACCAAGAAGAUCUGAGCGCAUCAUAUCCUGCAGACAUCUCACAUCUGAGUAUUUUGGUAUUUUCUGUUCUUGCCCCCCCCCCCCCCCAAGUAAGGUACAAGCUUGGACACCUCCCUGUCAAUCUGCCAUUCUGCUGCAUCUUUUGCCUGCUUGCCAUCUUUUUUUAAUUUUUUUUAUAACAUUACUCCUGCGCUCACUUUUUCGCUCUUCAGCUGUUUGCUUUGCUUCGCCUCUGAGGAGCAAAGGAACUGUUGCCUUUUCUCUGCUCUUUCAUCGGGGAAACAUUUUAUUUUUUUUUUUUUUCCGUUACAGUUUACCCUUUCUCUCUUUUCCUUCCUGGGGGAUGGCAGAGUCUGUUUUUAGAAGAGGGCUUGGAGGAUUUGACGAAGGGAAGAAAAUGUUUAGGGUUAUUUUUAAAUAUGAAAUAUUGUUUUUGUUUAUCUCUUCCUCCCAAAUAUCUGGAUGAAUCAAGCGUGUCUGAUAGUCACAACAUGCACACACACAAAAAAAAAAUACAAAGACAUUUUCUAAAUUUUCUCUUCGAGGUAAAGGAAAGGCUGAAAGAGGGCAAACGUCUACACUUGUCUGUAUGGUUUAUUUUUCUUUUAACCUCAUUGUGCUCAGUCUUCAUGCUGGAUUGAGUAUUCUCUACGCUGUGUGUGUGUGUGUGUGUGUGUGUGUGCGUGUGUGUGUGUGUGUACGCGUGUUUGUGCGCGCGCUUGAUUCGCUUUCACGCCUUCAUCGUUUGACAAAACAAUUCCCGUCUUCUGAUCUAAUUUCUGCUAACCUGUGUGUCCUAUAGAUUUUAUUCCAACCUAUACGCCUCUGUAGCUGUGGCCUCUCUCGCUCUCUCUCUCUCUCUCUCUCUCUCUUUAAUUUCGACUCCAGCUUGGACCAGGGGGCAGGGGUCAACGCAGGACCCCGUCCUUUGACUCAGAUUUUCUGGCCGUCACUGUCACAGCCACGUCUUGAAGAGCUGUCCCCUCUAAUGGCGCUCCGCUGGCCCAGCCGCCGACUGCACGCGAGCUGGGUCCAGUGGACGGAAGUUGUUCUUUAAAAAGCCAUGGUCGCGCGCCCCCCCCUCCCACACACCCCCUCUCAGGCUAUUAGCUGUUCAACAGAGCAGAGGUUGCUGCUGCUGCUGAGAUCAACACAUAGUUGGAUGUCGAGCAUGAUGUAAGGCCUCUCAUUACUGUCUAAUUAAACUCUGUUGACAUCACACUGUCGGCAGUGCAUUACACGGAUCCGGAGUGGGUCGCUGGUGCCCACUCCAGACCGUUGGUGUUACCAGGCGAUGAGGACGUGGGCCCCGUCGCAUGUGGCCAACCGCCUCUGGUCUCUGACUCACGCGCAUGCGGGUGCACACAGACUCAGACAGCCACUGCUUGACACACACACACACACACUCAGAAGUAACAUGCCAUUUUGGUUAGGUAAAACAAGCACCCAAUGUUUGUCAGUGUCGCCGCCCCCCCCCCCCCCCCCAAGUCCACGCUGAUUGCUUAGGGCUCCACGCUACAAUGGGCAACUGGUGAAAAGACCAGGGACAUUCAUUUGUAUGGAUUAUUUCAACUGCUAUUGUCUAAAUGCUGUGUUCAUUGUGAUCUAUCUGGAAAAAAAAAACAAAAAAAAAACGACAAAAAGAUCAAAUAAAAAAAGCGAUUACUAA